AUGCCACGCGCGAAGCCCAAUCAAAAGGGAGGUUCAAGGCCGCAGUCGUCCUCGCCCAAGCGUGAGAACGAUGAUGAAAUCACGGCAUUCGUGGAAUACCUGCGGGCGAUUCCAACAGAGGCCGACGAACGGCAAGGAGAACCAGCAGCCCGCCCCGCCAAGCGUCCCAGAACCUCGGGGCCUGACGCGAUCUGUGUUGCGCGCCAGAGACUGACUAUUGCGGCGCCGGCAUCCUCGGGACCUUCAAUUUAUUAUCCACUGGAGCGCAUCGAUAUCGGAGAAGUCGUUUCGUUGAAGGUCCGAAAUACGGAUCCCGAUGACUCGCUACAAGGGCAAUGGGCCUUGUACGUCUCAUCACGAACAAAGUCGCGUACCCGUGGCUUCCGAGCUAGCUUCCCGUUGGACAAUGAUGCCUUAUCCGCUGAAGUACGAUCCGCUCUUAUGGUGGCUGAAACGCAAGGUUUCAACCCUGGCGAUGAGGACUGCAUUUGGGCGUCUGUGGACGUGUGCGUUCGGCAGGAUAAUUCGUCACUACAGUUGCAUAUCUUCAUCCAGGUCAACUGGAACCCAAGGGCGACAAUUUGGGGAAGCAAAAAGGCGAAAUCAAGCCAACAGCAGACCUUAAGAGAAAUGGUUUUAGGUACCUGGUAUCCAGACCUGCAUCUCACAACCGUUCUUGGUCAGGCGCUGCCCUCUUGGUCCCCUCAAGAUUUUUACGAAGCCGCAUGUGUCCCGGAUAAGGCAGCGUUGGAUGCCGAGGUAUCCUCUAUGGAAGUCCCGAAGCUCGAAGCAAAUCUCUACCCAUUCCAGCGAAGAGCCGUCCAGUGGAUGUUGCGGCGCGAAGGAGUGCAUUGGUAUCAAGACCCUGAGACAAAACAAACCGGUAUUCUCCCGUACAAUUCUCCUACAACAUCGGAGCUUCCAAUCUCCUUUGUCACAUCCAAGGAUUCAGACGGGAAUGAUAUUUACCUCAGUCCCCUAUUUCGCACGCUUGCCAAGGAUGUAAGACCGUUCACUGCCUUCCAGGAAUUCCGAGGGGGCAUCUUAGCAGAGGAAAUGGGACUUGGAAAGACCCUGGAGGUGAUCUCGCUGAUCCUUUUGCAUCAGCGUCCUCAGUCCCCUGUCAUGGUCUUUGACCCAUUCCUCGGCCAACAACUCCUUUCGACCUCCGCGACCUUGAUCAUCGCCCCUACGACCCUCUUGGACCAAUGGCUGUCUGAACUCAAGCGCCACGCUCCCAGCCUUCGGAUCCUUUUCUAUCCUGGUAUCAGAAAAUUGGCCAGGCUCAAGGACGGGAAUGAAAUUUCCGCAAAGUAUCUCGCAGAACAAGAUGUAGUCGUGACCACCUAUGAGGUUCUGCGUACCGAAAUCUGGGCAGCGGUGGACGAACCUGAUCGGUCUAUGCGCAAUGAGAAGCAAUUGCCAGAUCUGCGCGGUCUGUUGCUGUUUCUUCGUUAUGAGCCAUUUGCUUCAGAUACAAAGCUGUGGAACACCUUGACAACCUUGGACAAGCCGUCCUUCAAGAAGUUGUUCAACAGCAUCUCGAUGAGGCACAGUAAAAGCAUGAUCAGGAAUGAAAUUUCCAUUCCUGCACAGAAACGAUAUGUCAUCACGAUGCCCUUCACUGCCGUAGAGGAGCAGCAUUACCAAAGUCUGUUCGAGGAACUCGCAGAGUCAUGUGGACUUGAUGUCCGGGGUAAUCCAUUACGGCCAGAUUGGGAUCCAGAAGACCCCGGUGUUCAAAAUGCCAUGCGGGUGGCCCUUGACAGGCUUCGUCAGACAGUUUUGCAUCCCGAAGUUGGCAUCCGGAAUCGCAGAGCCCUUGGGCAAAAGUCAGGGCCUAUGCGUACUGUGGCAGAGGUUCUUGACGCCAUGUUGGAGCAAUCAGACGGCUCUAUAAGGACCGAUCAACGUAGUUUACUGUCCGCGAAACUGACCAGAGGUCAAAUUCUUGCCUGUCAGAAGAAAGUGGAUGAGGCUCUUGCAUUGUGGCAGGAGGUGCUCGCAAAGAGCACAGAGAUGGUGGCCGAAUGCGGUACCCAGCUGGAACAGGAAAUCCAAGAAGCUAAGAAGGCAAAUGCGAACGAAUAUCAUCAGCCGUCGCAGGCAGAUAGUGAGUUUGAUGAUCGGGACGAGAUUGUGUCGCCGCCAGUGGGGGAGGCUCGUCGACGACUAAGGUAUGCCCUGGAGAUCCAACAUAGGGCCGUAUUCUUCUGUGCGAAUGCCUACUUCACGAUCAAAUCGGACAAAGAACGGACCGAUCCCGGCUCAGAGGAGUUCAAACGGUGGGAGAAGCUUGAAGUAGAAGGGUAUGAGCAGGCUAAACAGAUCAGAAAGGAGAUCCUCCAUGAGACGCAGAGCAAAGCGAAAAAGCUCAUGGGCCGCUUAGCUCAUGCCGCUGCAAGGAAAAGCUUCGCCACAAUUCCUGAAUUCAAAGCUAUCAAUAACAAGGGUAUUGAGAGCUACAGGAUAGCAAUGGCCCUAGAAGACCUCGGAGUAUCGUUAGAUGCACAAGCCAGCUACUUGGAUGAUUGGCGUGAGCAUGUUAUCCAACUGUUACUCAAGCCGCUAGUUGAUGAAGAGGACUCGGAGACGACUGGCGAGGAGUAUGAGCAGUCCACGAAACUUCAGGACGAAAUCCUAGUCUACCUCCAGGUCCUGAGGACUGCGAUUGCCGACCGGCAGGCGGUUUUGACUGGACAGAAGAAUUUCCUGGUUGAACACGAAACCAAUGUGGCAGCCAGAUUAGCCAAAGCAGGAAAUGGCCCGUACCCGGAGAAGUUGCUUGAGCUGUUGAAGAUUCGCGACACGAUCAAGCCCCCGUUCCAGGAAUGUGACCCUCUUAGCUCGCUGAGGGGCUUGUUAUCUGAGCUGCGUAGCUUGUCUGCCAAGCUUCGACAUGACGCAGCUAUGGGUAGUUCGCGCGCAGCGGCAGAGCAGGCGAUUCUCUCGAAUCUGCUCAAGUCGACGCUGAACCAGCAAUCAGAGCAAAUGAAGGCAGCAACAGCCAUGGAGAAGGAGCUUCAGCAGUUCAUGGACACGGUGAAUGCUCGGAUCGAGUUUUACCGCCAGCUCCAGGAGGUUUCCGACAUGGUUGCCGAUUAUAAGGGGCCCCAGGAGGAGAGUGCUUUAGCCGCAGCUCUAGAGAAUCUGGAGAGGCAGGAAGAGAGUUUGCAGACGAAGCUUGCUGCUACAGAGGCGAAGCAUCGCUAUUUGCUUCACCUCAAGGAGGCCGAAGCCAACUCCGAGGAACAGCGUAUUUGUAUCAUUUGCCAGAGCCCAUUCACGAUUGGCGUCUUGACCAUCUGCGGGCAUCAGUUCUGCAAGGAAUGCAUGACGUUGUGGUUCAAGGAGCAUCGGAACUGCCCAGUCUGCAAGCGCCAUUUGACUCAUUCAAACCUCCAUGAUAUCGUUCUCAAACCACAGGAGCUCAAGGUCCAUUCGGAGUCAUCGAAUCGGGAUCACGAGCCAAGCGAUCAAGGGCACCAACUAACGAAUGUGUCCGGCAUCUAUAAGGAGUUCAAUGCCGAAAAGUUGGCGGAAAUCAAGAACAUCGACCUGGAUGGCCCCAGCUUUACGACCAAGGUCGACACCCUAGUCCGACACCUGCUGUGGCUUCGGGAAUCUGAUCCAGGGGCGAAAUCCAUCGUCUUCUCGCAAUACAAAGAAUUCCUUGACGUGCUCGGAACGGCCUUCCGCAGGUACCGGAUCGGAUACACGUCGUUCGAUAAGGCGCGCGGUAUCACGGACUUCAAGGAGGACCCAGGCACGGAGGUGUUCCUGUUGCACGCGCGGGCUCAUGCCAGCGGUCUCAACUUGGUCAACGCCAGCCACGUGUUCCUUUGCGAGCCGCUACUCAACACGGCGUUAGAACUUCAGGCUAUUGCUCGAGUUGACCGUAUUGGGCAGCAGCAUGAAACGACGGUGUGGCUGUACAUCGUUGAUGGCACCGUUGAAGAGUCGAUCUACAGCUUAUCGGUCCAGAGGCGAAUGGAACACAUGGCUAUCCGGACCCUCGCGGGCAAGGGGAAGGAGUUGACAUCUGAGCUCUCGGACACGACGCUGGACGAAGCCAACGCGCUGGAGAUGCAGCAGGCGCAUCUGUCCAAGCUUAUGGGCAAGGAUGGGAUCUCAGGCGAGACAGUGGAUAAGGAUGACCUCUGGACAUGCUUAUUCGGACAUCUGAAUAAGAACAAGAACUCUGGGAUUGUUGGUGGCUCAGCGAACCCGGUGAACGCUGCCACGAGAAGAUUCUUGGCAGCUGAAGCUGCUGAGAGACGGAUCAGGGGUGAUCAGGGUGAUGGAGAGUAA